CAUUUUAAGGAAAGGUAGAACAAUAGAGGUUCUCAGGGCGGGACCAGCAUUUUAAUUGGAAAGUGAACCACAGAGAAAAAGAAACCAUGCGAGAGCCGGCCGAGGUGACAGUGUUAUCACUCAGCACACACACAGGAGGAUUACCGCACAAGAUCAGGCAGUGAGCUCCAGAAAAAACAACUAUGGCAAAUAAAACAACACCUUGCCACGAUUCCCUGGACAACUGCACCAAUAUCGAUGACCUCAUGAAGCACCACUACCUGCCCUUCAUGUAUGGCACAAUUUUUGUCCUGGGUGUACUGGGUAAUGUGACUUCACUACUGGUAUACGUGAUAAAGGUGCGCCCCUGGCAAAGCAGCAGCAUCAUCAUGUUCAACUUGGCACUCACUGACCUCCUGUACAUGUUCAGCAUGCCAUUUCUCACUUACUACUAUUCCCAAGGCGACAACUGGAUGUUGGGGGAAUUCAUGUGUCGCUUUGUGCGUUUCGGCUUCCACUUCAAUCUGUACGGCAGCAUCCUGUUCCUCACCUGUCUGGCUAUAUUCCGCUAUGUGGCUAUAGUGCACCCACUGCAAGCUUGCAGGAUUCAGAAAAGGCGAUGGGGCAUACUGGCUUGUGUUCUGACCUGGAUUUUAGCAGGUGGUCUACUCGCACCCAUAUUCAAUGUGUUCACCACUGUGAAAAGCAAGAACAACAUAACCCAGUGUCUGGACUUGGCCAGCAACGAUCCAGAAACAGUGUGGAAGUACAGCUGGGCGCUGACAGUGCUGGGCUUCAUACUGCCCCUAUUGAUUGUAUUCAUUUGCUACAUGCGGAUAGCCAAGGUGUUAGCGAUGGGUCCACACACUCAAAGCAGGAGCCGAGUUCGAGCCAGGAGGCUGAUCGUUCUGGUUAUGAUCUGCUUUGCCGUUUGUUUUUUCCCCUUCCAUGUGAUGCGUGCCCUGAGAAUAUACACCAGACUCAUGCCAGGCACUUGCUGCAUGAUGUGCAAAUGGGUGCACGCUGUUUAUAUCAUCUCAAGACCAGUGGCAGCUCUCAACACAAUCUUCAACUUGGCUCUGUACACAUUUGCUGGUGAUCGCUUUAAACAGGCAUUUUUAAGUCUAUUUACCAACCAAUGCAAGGAGAGACCUUCACAAUGGCAGCGAACGACCCACAAUGGUACUCCUGGUACUAAGAGUGGACUCAUUUUAUCCAAGAUAUUCACAAUAGUUCUGAAACCAAAGAAUUCCACACCAAUAAAUAAUCUUACCUGAUUAGCUGCUUUUCCUGUAUCUGGGUCAAUAUCAAUAUGAUGCGCCUUUUGUGUCAGCAGCAUGGUUAAAAUACUUUCAAAUUUCAUAUACAUUUUUCAAGAUUUACUCUGAAUUACAUUGCUCUCCAAUGAAAAACAAGCAUUUUUAGUUUACUGCAUAUUUUGAUCACAUAAAAUGUCCCUUACACUGUGUAGGGAGCGACAAAAAAAAAAGACCUGAGGGGGAAAAAAAACACAUUGACUUCCAUAGAAAGUUAAAUAGGUUGUAUCUCUCUCCUAUAUAGUUGCUGUUUUAGAGAUACAUGUUUUUUUCAUUAGGCAGCAACAAAAUAGAGAAGAAUGUUAAGCUUCACUUUACAAUAGUGCUGUCAACUAGGGCUGGGCAAUAAAUCCCUAUAAUGAUAAAUUUCCUUACAAUAUUUGAGGGAAUUUUUGUGAAAUACUAAUAUUUAACAUUAGUGGCGAUAUGAAAAAAAUAUAUAUUUAAAAAUUCUUUUUAAAAAUAUACUACCGCAGCAAAAUAAAUGAGUUCCAUACAAUAAACAAUACGGCAGCAGUAAUUUACCAAGACCCUGAUUUUGGCUUAAAUAAUGUAAAACAAAAUAAAACAAACAAGAAAAUUACUACAUAAAUCUACCACUAAAAUAAGGUGCAUUAUAUUUAAUGUAUGCAUAUAAAAUGCAAACAUAUUAUAGGCAAAACAGUAUAUAUAAUAUCACAAAAUGAGAUAACAGGGUUUUUUUAAUACAAUUUUUUUAGCUAUACUAAUUGUUGCACAGUACGAUUUAGCACACUAUUUAUGUCCAUGUUAAUGCAUUAACACACACAAUUAAUCUGGAAACUGUUGUUUUUACUUCUAUGAUAAAGAAAACAUGAAAAUAAAGUAUCUGUUAAACAUUUAUUUAUGUCUUCCUCCCAAAAUACAAAGAAGUACCAGAUUUACAUGUUUUAAACCAUAAUAUUAACCAUGAUUAAUAAAAGAUUAUUGUUGUAAUUAAUACAGUUUUUUUAAAGAGAUUAAUCCCGCUAUAAUAGAUAUAUUUCCACUUUGCCAAAUAAAAAACUUUAAUUAAUAAUUUUUAUUUACAAUUGUUUUGCAUUAUUUUUUAAAUGUCUUAAGAAAAGGACAAUGUGUGAUUAAUAAGAUUUCACUUUAUUAUUGAUUGAUACCAUUACUUUAAAACAACACCCGUCCAUAUUUUUGUUUAGUUAUAGCAGGCGCUUUUUUGCUUUGUCUAAAGUUCCGCCUGGUUAAAUUGAAUAUAUAUAUUCGAAUAACACAUAAAAAAAGAAAUGAUAUUUUAUAUAUUUCUUUCAACCCUCCCCCCUUUAAGAAAACUAUACAGUGUUUUGUUUUCAAGCGAAUGCUGAUACUGCUGACACUGCUGAUAUUCAACAAUUAAUAAAACUAAUUUCACUUAUUUUUAUUAUUUAUAUAUUUACUUAUAUUUGUCUCCCAUUUAGCUUAGACAAAGCUUAAGCUGUCCAACCUGUUGUGGUAAAAUAAUACCACAAUUAAUAUAAAAAAGAAAAUCACAAUUUACCAAAACAGGGUGGACACAUACAUCACAGGAAACAGACAAUAAGUGAUUAAGCUCAUUGAUAUAGAAUAAAAAAACAUUAAGUCAGUUUUUGAAAAGUUUUGAGGACCAAAAGGCACAAUACUCUGAUAAUGACCCAGCUGCUUUAAAACUAGGGCUGCACAAUAUAUCACUUCAGCAUCAUCGGCGCAAUAUGGACAUGUGCAAUAGUCACAACGCAGGGCAUGCAAUAGUCACAACGCAGGGCAUGCAAUGUAAUGAAUGGCAAAUUUUAUAAGAUGUUGCUUGUUUUCUGCUGGAUGCAAGAAAAAACCUGAAAAAAACGCUCUGUUAUUAUUUUAGUCUUCUCUGUACUUAAUUUGGACUCACUUCUCAUUCAACUGUAAAGAACGAGGAAGUGUGAAACCUGAUCCUCUGGGCUUAUUGUAAGGCGUGUCUAUAAACUGAGCUGCUGCACGCAAAGCUAUGCUUUACAAGAAUGCAAUUUGUUUACUGCCUUCAGUUCCGCAUCCAGGUAAAGCAUGAGGAUAAAUUAAUUGGUUGAUUUAAAAAGAAUAAAGAUGUGGGAAACAAUUAUUACCAUUUUUCUUUUUUUAAAUGCAUAAACCAGUUUCAUAUUCUCAUAACAAAUGACGUAAUAUCGCAUCACCUUCAGGAAACAAUAAACCUUAUAUGCACUUUUGCCCAGCAGCUGACAAUGGAGAUUCAUCAAACAAAAACAAAACAAAAAAGCAGGCCUGGGGAAACCCAAAGGUGUAACUAGCCUAUCCCAUUCACGCACAAUUUACACACAGUUAACUGUGAUGUGGUGUUUUUUCUUUUUUUGUUUUGUUUGUGUUAAAUGUGAAUGUUUUUGUAUUUUUAAAUAUAUAAUAAUUUUACUCUGUUACUCUGAAGUACUGUAUUUUGUUACGAAUU